CUGCAGAGGCGGUGUUUUGUCGCUGGCAGGCAUCAGCCUGCCCUGAGCGUCCGGGGUGCUUCUUGGAGGGGAGCCGGCAGCGCGACCGGCGCCAUGGGGUCCGGAGGCGGGCUGAGGCUGGCGGCGGUAUUGGCGGCUGCCGUACUGUGCGGGCCCGGGGGGCUCGCUGGGCGCGUCCUCAGCGGUCAGAAAGUAUGCUAUGGUGACUUCAAGCAUUCUUGUUAUAAGUUAGCUUAUUUCCAGGACUUGUCUAGACGUGUGGGCUUUCAGGAGGCCCGCCAGGCUUGUGAAAUUGAUGGUGGGGCUUUACUAAGCUUGGAAAGUGAAGCUGAGCAGCAACUAAUAGAAAACAUGUUGCAAAACCUCACCAAGUCAGGAUCUGGGAUUUCUGAUGGUGAUUUCUGGAUUGGGUUGUGGAGAAGUGGUGAUGCACUAGCCACCUCAAGUGCCUGCCCUGACCUCUACCAGUGGGCUGAUGGAAGCAAUUCACUGUUCAGAAAUUGGUAUACAGAUGAGCCUUCCUGUGGAAGUGAAGCCUGUGUUGUGAUGUAUCAUCAACCAACUGCAAACCCUGGUCUGGGAGGGCCAUACCUUUAUCAGUGGAAUGAUGAUAGAUGCAAUAUGAAGCACAAUUUUAUCUGCAAGUAUGGCCCAGACAUUUUACCAACAGUGCCGGCAGGAAAUCCUUAUGACACAAGCAAACCAGAAGAUCAGUAUCAUAUUAUUGCCACUGAAACAGGUAUAAUUCCAAAUCUAAUCUAUGUCAUAAUACCUACUAUACCACUGCUGCUGUUGAUACUGGUGGCUUUUGGGACAUGCUGUUUCCAGAUGCUUCAUAAAAGUAAAGGAAGAACAAAAACCAGUCCAAACCAGUCCACACUAUGGAUUUCAAAAACGCCUAGGAAGGACAGUAGCAUGGAGGUAUAAUGAGUUACUGACUGAAAACAAAGGGAAAAACAAUAACCUUUUGCAGUCAGGCUGUAUUAUAAUGUCGUCAAAGAACACGAGCUUGGAAUGGCUUGAAAAAUGCAGAGGAUCUACAAGAAUGAACUGUAAGCUCCCCCUUGAGGCAAAUGUUCAGAUCAUUUUUAUAUCAUGUUGGAUUAUUAAUUCAGUAACAAAAUAUGCCAUGCUAAAUAAAGGGUAUGUGUUUAUUUUGCUAAGAGAUGUAAGUCAGCUAGUUGUGAGCAAUGAAAUGGAGAGAGCCUUUGAAAUUUUUAUGGGGAAAUAUCUGCAAUGUAUACCAGUUUUAAGACUGUUUGUAGUUAAACCCUCUUUGUUUCCUUUAGUCUGUUGUGCAUUGUAACCUAGUUGAUGUACUGUAAAUGGA